CCCGAUAGAUUACACUUCGUUGUGGAUAAUAGAAACCACUCUCAAAAUUCACAAUUCUGGAGUGACAAUGGAGUCCUUAACUUUCUCCACAGUUUCUUCCCGCCAUUUCUCCACUACUUUCCCCAGAAAAACGACGUCGUCUCUCACUUCUUCAACUUCCCCACACGCACUCUCGUUCCGGUCCUCCAAUUCAUCGUCUUCUUCGAGGGAGCUAUGGGGAAUUGUGAAUUCGCAAAGGGUAGUUACGGGCAGAAGAGAGAGACGUGGACUUAUAAUUAGGGCAGAGAUGUUCGGGCAGUUAACCAGUGGGCUCGAAUCCGCUUGGAACAAACUCAAGGGCGAAGAGGUGCUAACGAAGGAGAACAUCGUGGAACCCAUGAGGGACAUUAGGAGAGCUCUUUUAGAAGCAGAUGUUAGUCUUCCUGUUGUAAGAAGGUUUGUUCAAGCUGUAAGUGAACAAGCUGUUGGCGUUGGUGUGAUUCGAGGAGUCAAACCUGAUCAACAAUUGGUCAAAAUUGUAAGUGAUGAACUGGUGAAGUUAAUGGGAGGUGAAGUUUCUGAACUGACCUUCGCAAAAUCGCCCCCCACAGUAAUCUUACUGGCUGGCCUUCAAGGUGUCGGGAAGACUACUGUUAGUGCAAAGUUAGCUUUGUACCUCAAGAAACAGGGAAAGAGUUGCAUGCUAAUUGCCGGAGAUGUGUAUAGACCGGCUGCGAUCGAUCAACUUGUUAUUUUGGGUAAACAGGUUGAUGUUCCCGUGUAUACAGCGGGAACCGAUGUGAAACCAGCAGAAAUAGCUAGGCAAGGUCUUCAAGAGGCUAAAAAGAAGAACGUUGACGUUGUUAUUAUGGAUACAGCAGGAAGGCUUCAGAUAGACAAAACUAUGAUGGAUGAAUUAAAAGACGUGAAGCGAACGUUAAAUCCCACAGAAGUUUUGCUUGUUGUAGAUGCAAUGACGGGUCAAGAAGCUGCAGCCUUGGUGACCACUUUCAAUCUAGAAAUCGGGAUUACCGGAGCAAUUCUAACUAAACUAGAUGGAGAUUCAAGAGGUGGAGCCGCUUUGAGUGUUAAAGAGGUAUCAGGAAAACCGAUAAAGCUUGUAGGACGUGGAGAACGAAUGGAAGAUCUUGAACCAUUUUAUCCCGAUCGAAUGGCGGGACGUAUUUUGGGAAUGGGAGACGUUCUUUCGUUUGUGGAAAAGGCACAAGAAGUUAUGAAACAAGAAGAUGCUGAAGAUUUGCAGCAAAAGAUCAUGAGUGCAAAAUUCGACUUCAACGACUUUUUAAAGCAAACUCGCGCUGUUGCGCAAAUGGGUUCUAUGUCGCGUGUUCUUGGAAUGAUUCCGGGAAUGGGAAAAGUUACGCCCGCGCAAAUUCGGGAAGCGGAAAAGAGUUUACAAAUAAUGGAAGCGAUGAUUGAAGUCAUGACUCCAGAGGAAAGGGAAAAGCCUGAGCUGCUAGCGGAAUCGCCAGCGAGGAGAAAGCGAAUCGCUAAAGAAUCUGGAAAAACCGAGCAACAAGUGAGCCAACUUGUUGCACAACUUUUUCAAAUGCGCGUUCGGAUGAAGAAUUUGAUGGGUGUGAUGCAAGGUGGGUCUGUUCCUGCACUCAGCAACCUUGAAGAAGCAAUGCAAGCUGAACAAAAGGCACCACCGGGUACUGCCAGAAGGAAGAGAAGAUCAGAUUCGAGGAAACAAUUUGCAGGGUCGUCGGGGCGGCCAAACCCUCGCGGGUUUGGUGGCGGGAACUGAGUGAGUUGCUACCGGACUCAAAGUACAAGUUGGGGUUUCUGUAGAAUAAUGAAACUCGGGAGUAGAUAGAUUAUUAUCGUUAUAGCCUUGAAAAGAGAAAGGUGUAAGUAAAGUAGCUAAUGAAUUGGAAGUUUUCGUGACCGAGAAAGGUAUGAACUACAAAAAUGGCUGAUGUAAGAAUGAAGUAUCAUGAAACUUGGAUAUGAUGGCACAUUUUCUGUGUUUUAUUUUUGUUCUAUUUCUGUUUACUACUCAUACUGUGUCAUAUAUAUAUAUAGUAUGUGAUACUGUAUUAUAUGAUACAAGUUUAUAAUGGUUGUAGCAUGGUAAAAAUGAGAUGUAAAAUGUCGAUUUUCAGUGGCCUGAAGUAAUAUUUGGUCUUAGAUCAUUUCUAUGUAUGCCACACUUAAUUUAUUAAUUUUUGAGUAUAUUACUA